GUGCAUCACUUUUUUCAAACGGUGGUGUGCCUUAUCAUCAGAGCUGCACUCACUGGCCAGUGUCACUGGCUCACUCUCUCCGACCAAAACUAAUUACGCUCUCAAAUUCAAAUCUAUAUAUAUGCAUUCAUGUCCUUCGUUAUCUUGCCUUACACCUACGCUUACGGUUACAGUUACAGCUCCUUCUCCUUCAAAUUAAACCGUUUCUCUCCCCGAACCGUUACGGUUCGCGCAGCGGUUUCAACUUCGGACAGGCGAACCAGAAAAAAGAAGCAGCCCAAGGAUGAAGAAACUGCCCUCGAGACCGGUCUCCGGUUCAGCUUCAUGGAGGAGCUCAUGGACCGGGCCAGGAACCGUGACUCCGCCGGCGUGUCUGACGUCAUUUACGACAUGAUCGCCGCUGGCCUGAGCCCUGGUCCCAGGUCGUUUCAUGGCUUGGUUGUUUCGCACGCCCUAAACGGCAACGAAGAAGCCGCGAUGGACUCGCUGAGAAGAGAGUUGGCAGCGGGUCUUCGACCGGUUCACGAGACGUUCUUGGCUUUGGUAAGGUUAUUUGGAUUCAAAGGUCGUGCUACUAGAGGUUUAGAAAUACUUGCAGCUAUGGAAAAGCUAAAUUAUGAUAUUCGCCACGCUUGGAUUGUUCUUAUUGAGGAACUUGUUCGGAACAAGCAUUUGGAAGAUGCCAACCAAGUGUUCUUGAAAGGUUCCAAGGGUGGCCUCAGAGCUACUGAUGAGGUUUAUGAUAGCUUAAUUGAGGAAGAUUGCAAAGCAGGGGAUCAUUCUAAUGCCUUAGAAAUUGCCUACGAGAUGGAGGCGGCGGGUCGGAUGGCUACCACUUUUCAUUUCAAUUGCCUACUCAGUGUGCAGGCUACCUGCGGAAUACCUGAAAUAGCUUUUGCAACAUUUGAGAACAUGGAAUAUGGAGAAGAUUAUAUGAAGCCUGAUACAGAGACAUACAAUUGGGUUAUUCAAGCAUAUACUAGAGCUGAAUCUUAUGACAGAGUACAAGAUGUUGCUGAGUUACUUGGCAUGAUGGUUGAAGCACACAAACGCAUACAGCCAAAUGUGAAGACCCAUGCGCUGUUAGUGGAGUGUUUUACCAAGUACUGUGUAGUACGGGAAGCUAUUAGGCACUUCCGUGCCCUUAAAAACUUUGAAGGGGGUACAAAAGUUCUACAUAACGAAGGAAACUAUGGAGAUCCACUUUCUUUGUACCUUCGAGCAUUAUGUCGGGAAGGAAGGAUUGUUGAAAUGCUUGAAGCUUUAGAAGUUAUGGCCAAAGAUAACCAGCCAAUCCCUGCACGGGCAAUGAUCUUGAGCAGAAAAUACCGGACAUUAGUGAGCUCAUGGAUUGAACCUUUACAAGAGGAGGCUGAACUUGGCUAUGAGAUUGAUUAUAUAGCUAGAUAUAUUGCAGAGGGUGGUCUUACUGGAGAGCGCAAGCGUUGGGUGCCUCGAAGAGGUAAAACACCUCUGGAUCCUGAUGCUUUUGGAUUUAUAUAUUCAAACCCAAUUGAGACCUCCUUCAAAAAAAGAUGCCUGGAGGAGUUGAAAUUGCACCAUAGAAAGCUUUUGAAGACCUUGCAGAAUGAAGGACUUGCAGCUUUAGGGGAUGGUGUAUCUGAAUCUGAUUAUAUUAGAGUGCAGGAGAGGCUAAAGAAAAUCAUAAAGGGACCUGAACAGAAUGUUUUAAAGCCUAAGGCUGCUAGUAAAAUGCUUGUGUCUGAAUUGAAGGAAGAACUAGAAGCACAAGGUUUACCUAUUGACGGAACUAGAAAUGUUCUUUAUCAGCGUGUACAGAAAGCUAGGAGAAUAAAUCGAUCUCGUGGUAGGCCCCUUUGGGUUCCUCCCAUGGAAGAGGAGGAAGAAGAGGUGGAUGAAGAGCUGGAUGCAUUAAUUUCACGUAUAGAGCUGGAGGAAGGAAAUACAGAGUUCUGGAAACGCCGCUUCUUAGGAGAGGGCAUAACUGGGGAUCAAGAAAUGACGAUAGAUGCUGGUAAAUCAGAGUUCCAGGAAGUUCCAGAUGAUAUUGAUGGUGUAGAAGAUGCUGCAAAAGAGGUUGAAGAUGAUGAAGCUGAUGAUGAUGAUGAUGACGAGGAGGAAGAAGUAGAACAGACAGAAGAGGAAGUAGAACCAGCAGAUAACCAAGAUAUAGACAGGAUAAAGGACAAGGAAAUUGAAGCUAAAAGGCCUCUUCAAAUGAUUGGAGUCCAGUUGUUGAAAGAUUCUGAUCAACCUACUGCCACAUCUAAAAAGUUGAGAAAAAGAUCUGCUCGAGUGCAGGUUGAGGAGGAGGAUGAUGAUGAAGAUUGGUUUCCUCUAGACCUAUUUGAGGCAUUUAAGGAAAUGAGGAAGCGGAAAAUUUUUGAUGUGUCAGACAUGUAUACCAUAGCAGAUGCUUGGGGAUGGACAUGGGAGAGAGAACUGAAGAACAAACCUCCUCGUAAAUGGUCACAGGAAUGGGAAGUAGACUUGGCAAUCAAAGUUAUGCAGAAGGUCAUAGAAUUGGGAGGAACACCAACUAUAGGAGAUUGUGCCAUGAUCUUGCGUGCAGCUAUAAGGGCACCUCUACCUUCAGCUUUCCUGACAAUUUUGCAGACAACUCAUGGUCUUGGUUAUAAGUUUGGGAGACCGCUUUAUGAUGAGAUCAUCUCCCUCUGCGUUGAUCUUGGAGAACUAGAUGCAGCUGUGGCUGUAGUUGCAGACUUAGAAAGCACGGGGAUAUCAGUUUCAGACCAGACUUUGGAUAGGGUGAUUUCUGCUAAACAGAGGAUUGACAAUACUUCUUCCAAUGGUGACAUUAUAGAUGCAGGAUUGUAAAAUUAUACCUUAAUGUUUUGAUGGUUGUAAUGUUUUGCACUGACAUAGCUAGCGAUUGUGGUUUUAAUAUAUCGUCAUUGCACGCUUGUGCAAAUUUUGUGCUGAGCCGAAUUUAUGUAUAGUAUCAGAUCUUGAAAAUCUACCAAAAUUUGUAGCAUCAUCAUGCUGCGUGUUGUCCUCCUAGUUUUCGGUUUUCUUCGACUCCACCACUAUCUAUUGUUUUGAACAGGGUGUUUUGAAAGUGAAGCGACG